AUGAAAAAUGUGAACCAUGGUAAUGGUGAGCCUAUUGGUGAGUUCAUGUCUCUGAUUCUUUUUAGGAGUAAGAAUGAUAGUUUCUCACCAGAGUAUAGAAGGGGUAGGGUUAGGAAUUCCAAUAUAGGUGAAAGUUCUUGUAGCAAGAGGCUUAAUUUAGAUUAUAUUGAUGAGGGUAUUCACAUUUCAAAGGAAAAGAAUGAUGAUCAGGAUGGUUCAACUGAUGUUCAGGAGGCAGCAACUUGUGUUCUUAUUGAUGAGAUGGAUGGUGUUAGGGAGGCUGCAACUAUUGUUCAGCAGGCAUCAACUGUUGAUGAAGGAUGCUACAACACCCCCUGUUAA